UCUCCUGAAGUGCAUUCAAAAUGUUUCGUCUGCAAGUGGCUUUUUUGUUUGCCGUAGCAUUGACCUUCAGCGCAGUGAAGUGUUCGAAUGAGGUGGUCGAUUCAAAUGAGUCACCGAUUGUGGAAAAUUUGGAUGGAUUGAUUGCUGUACCAGGGGUAAUUAACGAGCUUCUUCGUCAUUUUCUGAACGAGUCACUCACCGAAUAUGGUUCAUCAAGACUACUAAUUAAACACACUGCUGGAAAUCGUGUCAAUGGUGAUCGACUUUUGAUCCACUACAAAUCACCACGAAAAGAAUCUAGAACAGCAUUUAACGUCAGACAAACGGAAAUGUUCGCAUUCGAAGCUAUCAUUACUUACAUUGAAAUAGUCGUAGAACAGAGCAAUAAUGAGAGCAGAAUCAACGGACCUUCGGGUGGAGUCGGAUACCGACAUGUUGUCUUGGAAACGCUUGGAAACAAAACUCUUUACUUCAGCUAUACUACGGAAAUCUACGGCUACUACUGAUUAAAUCCAUUGGUGCUUGCGGCCUUCUUUUUUGGAAAAUGAAAAUAAAAUUCGAAAUUUUGAAUAAUUGGAUUGAAAUUUUCACGUCAGUUAUGCUUUUAAGGUAGACAGAUUCAUUUAGAAAAUUAAUAGAAAAUGAACACACAAAAAUUCCCUAUAAGAAUGCCAUGUAAACAAAAUUAUCAGACAUUUUCGAUAAAAAUAUGUUUCCAAUAUCUCCUAACAUGAUUGUAUACAUCUAAUCGGGUGUUAUACGUCGAUCUCUUUAGUCUUUUAUUCAAUUUUCGAUCCAAAGACGUUGCACGAGCGAUUUUCCUCUUUUGUCGCUCGUUUUCUUCUUGUCGUACGAUUUGAUUGUUGAUGCUCUCUGAAGAUAGUUCGACAUCUUCCCACGUCAAAUCCGUGCUUUCAGUUGCUUGAUUUGUUGAUUCGUUUCGUGUCCUCGAUGCAGCUUGUUCUUCGAAAAAACUCUCUUCGUCGAUAUUGUUGAAGUCACAAAAAUGCAUACCGUUUGUUAUUCCGACGUCAUUUGGUUCGUUUUCUGGAACAUUCACCGAGUCGGUAUUUGUAUAAUCGCUCAAUACUAAUGGCAUAGUCGUGUUAGGUGGUGUCAAUUCAUUCGAUUUUUCGAUGACUUCAAUCGAACUGGUCUCUCCCCAAUCGGUGAACACUGAUGGCACAGGCGUGUUGGGUGGUGUAAUUUCAUUUGUUGGUUGCACAAUUUCAAUUGCGUUGCUGCUUUUAUUUGAACAGAUUUCAUGGGUAUCAACCACUUGAAGAUGAACAUUUUGAUCUGGUAAAGAUGAAACGUUGUCAUUUUUUGCAUUGAUUUGUGCAUUUGAAGUCGGUGUACUUGGAAGGAAUGUAUUCACCAUUUCAUUCAACCAAACCGGUUUGAAGGUCUUCUUGUUGAUCGAUGCCUCGAUGGAUGGCUUCUGUCCAGUACGAAUUUCAAGAAGUUGUUCUUCAAAAUCAACCGUAGACAUGAAUUGUUUGUAAGCUAGUGCGAUUCUAUGGAAAGAAGCAAAUAAAAAAAUUGAAAUAAAAUAUGAACUUUCUCCUCUCAAUUUUAAACAGUAUAAUGUUUUUAUGUAUAUUUUGAAAUAAAAAGGAAAACCAAAAAGAACCGUUCUUACCGAUCGUUUGUUUCUUGAACGAAAAACUCUUUGAAUUCGCCAUUUAGUGAUAUGUCGGUUCUUUGCAAGUCUUCCUUCAGCAAUUGUAACGAUUCCUUUGUUUUCAACUCAAUCAUUGACAAGUAUUCGAAGAACGUCUUGUACCAAUUUCCACUCAUCGUUACUGAAAUUCCGCUACCGUUUCCAAGGAAUAGUAUUCAACAGAUAGCAAUUGUUGAACUGAAAAUAUGUUGUAUGAAGAUGGAAAAGAAAUUGAAUUAAACAAACACACAAAAUGUUUCUUGUCCGAUGACUGAAAGAUGAAUGAAGUUCUUUCCUUCGGUGAAGCCUGUUUUAUAGAAACAAAAUUCGGGGUUUCAUAAACGAAAAGGAGGAGGAGAAUAUUUGUAAUUUUGUGAAGUUUUUCCGAAUUUGCACCAAUUACCUAAAGGAAUUUGUAAUGUACUGACAUUUUACCUGCUGCUUAUUGUUUAGUCAGGAUUGAUCAUUAAAAAAUGGUCACAUUACCAAGUAAGUGAUGAAGCAGUGGAAGAAUUUGGUUUGUUAGGAUAAUCUGGAUUUAGUAUUUACGAGAAAAUUGUUUGUCACAACAUUUUCAGUAGAAGAAGGUGUUCAGAGUUUUUGGAAAGCAGAGAAAUACAAGUAUGUCCCUUAUUUACCUGGAAAAGAUGGAUAAAACUAAUGCAUUUAUAUGGUCGCUGCUUAGAAAUUUUGGUCAAAAUAGAGAAAUUGAAACUGAAAAUAUUCUCGUUGGCUCAUAACUAUGCGAAUCUUUUUCGAAGAAACAUUUUCGGUUCAACUCAAAAUCUCAAAGUUUUGCACAGUCUGAGCCGAAUGUCCUUUCUCGUACAAUUUCAACAUCAUUGUACAAAGAAUAUGAAAUCUUGGGUAAAACAUACUUCGGCUCAAGAGACUUUCUCUCUUUGAAAAUAGCAUUUCUGCGGAUACAAAUUAGCAAAUUUCCAAACACCGUCGUUAUACGGUGCGAUAUUUUAAGCAACAUACCUACAAAUUGACCACACAUCUUUAGACACUUUUUAUUGAUAAGUCUUAGUUUUUUUUUAGCAAAUCUCAGUUUGUUUAGGGUAAAAGCCGUUAUUUUGAAAUUAUACUAGUACCUGUACUAAGUACAGGCAGUUAAAAUGCGCAAACUAAAUGAAUACUAGUGUUCGCAUUGGGGGGAUUGUCGGGUCCGUGUCGGGGCCUCUCACAUUAGAGAAAAACGCAAUUUACACUUUGAAAAUCAGAAACUGUAUACUAUAACAAUUUUUUGGGGACAUCCAUGACUUCAAAAAUGAUAGAUAAAAAAUUUUCAACUUAGGUGGCACUAUAUUAAACAUAAAUGAACUAUUUGUCGGGAGUUCAAAUUCCGAAACGACGAAACCCGAGAAUCAUCUAGAGUUUUUUUGGAUUUUCCCGAGAAGAGUGCAACCAACAAUUUCGGCAGUAUUAUUUUCUGAAAGCGUACGUCGCAAUAUUCAAAGCAUUUUUUAUGACGUUUUCAACACAAAGGAACCCACAAUUAUAUUUUUAUCUAGGAGGAAUAAAAACAAAAAAGUUCACCUCGCCUC